CUAGCAUCCCAUCCGAUCUACUCUUCUCUCUCUCUCUCUCUCUCUCUCUCUCUCUCUCCCCUUCCCACCCUCCUAUUAAAAAAUGGCAAUGAUAAAAAUCAAACCUAAAGCUGAUCUUCUCUGAAAAUAACAAAGCAAGAAUCUCAUCCCCAUCUCUCUCACAUCUCUCAAAAGUUUCUUCUUCUUCUACCAUGUCAAAUGAGAGGAAAAAUCCUUACCAGUACGAUCCUUUCGACUACAACCCCCAUGAGAUCAACAAGUCAAGCUUUCCAUUCUUCAACUAUGGCAAUUCCUCCACAUGCCAAAAUCAACCAGAUGACCCACAAACCCUAAAUGGGUUUGAAUCUGAUCAUCCUAAUCCGUUCAUGAGCUUCACCGACUGCCUACACGGAUCAUUGGACUACAACACCCUCUCGAAAGCCUUCGACAUGUCAUGUUCUUCAUCCGAAGUCAUAUCUCCACCGUUGGAUCGUGAUAACAACUCAAACAAGGCAGCAGGUGUAGGAGAUCACUCAGUGGGGACUACUAGUACCACUGAAAACCCUUCCACACCAAAUUAUUCCUCAAUAUCUUCUUCAUCUAAUGAAGCUGCUGGUGCUGCUGGUGAUGAUCAAGUUUUAGAUGACGAUUCAGAUCAUAAGAGCAUGAAAAAUAAACAGCCAAAAUUAGGGUCUGAUGGAGAUCAUGAAGACAAGUCAAAGAAAGGGAGCAAAGCAAAAAAGAAAGAGAAACCGCAGAGGGAACCACGGUUUGCCUUUCUGACUAAGAGUGAAGUGGAUCACCUUGAAGAUGGAUACAGAUGGAGGAAGUACGGACAGAAGGCAGUCAAGAAUAGCCCUUAUCCUAGGAGUUAUUACAGAUGCACUACACAAAAAUGCAUUGUAAAGAAGCGUGUCGAGAGAUCAUUCCAAGAUCCAUCAAUCGUGAUCACAACAUAUGAAGGUCAGCACAACCACCAGUGUCCAGCAACACUUCGUGGUAAUCUCAAUAUGAACGCUGUCGGAAUGCUGUCACCUAAUUCGCUUUUGGCAGCGGCACCUUUGAACGGAUCAGCAAGAUAUUCACAUGAAUUCUUAGCUCAAUUUCUCCCAGUGAACAACCAGGUGGAAUUGCCAAAUCAUUACCAUGAUCAUCCACCAAGUUCAAUGUUAUACUCAAACCUCAUGAAUCCUCAUCGUCAUCACCAUCAUCAGCAGCAGCAGCAACAGCUGCAUGCUCCUGACUAUGGUUUGUUGCAAGAUUUAGUUCACUCGUUUAGUCACAAGCAAGAGCCAUGAAUAUUUGUGAGUACUUUUCCAGUCGAUCGGCGGGCAAUUAUAAGCACCAAAAGUAUGAUAUUUGCAGUACUCUAUAUAUACCACUGCAAGCAGUCCUACAUUAAUCUUUUGAUCUAGCUGUCUCAUUAUUGCAGUACUGUCUUGUAUGCACGCUAUCUCUGACCCUGAUCUGUCCUCUUCUCUCUUAAACUUUUGUACUCGGAUUUUCUUUGAUGGACUAAGAAACAGUAUGGCUCUCAA